GGUCUCAAAAAUUACGUAGUAUCACUCGUACACUUAAUUCGAGUAGGACAUUGUAAUGCCGUUAUUUGGACGGGGGCCGCGGUGUAGUGUGGGUGUUGGGAUUGGUGAUUGGGCUGAAGAAGUAGAAACGAAGAAGAAAACUUUGCAGUGGUGGCGUUAAUGACUGCCUUAGUCAUCAGUUAAAACGUUUGUUUGGUAAUCAUCAAUAGCGAUUGCUCAAUUGGAGACGGAAGUGUGUGGAUGUUUGUUUAACUUAUGACAUAAAGUGAGUAACAUGACUGCAUCCUGCGUGGAGUACACCAUUGGGGGUGUGCGGAUCCAGUUCCCCUGCAAGGCGUAUCCAUCCCAGCUGGCCAUGAUGAAUUCAAUCCUACGAGGGUUGAAUUAUGGACAGCAUUGUUUGCUGGAAAGUCCUACUGGAAGUGGCAAGAGUUUAGCCUUGCUGUGUUCAGCGCUGGGAUGGCAGCAGGCACAGUUUGAUAAAUUGCAAGCCAACGGAAGCUCUCGAGAUGAAAGCCAGUCUUGUAAAAACACUAGUGAUGUUACGAAGUCAAACAUGACCAUCCCAUGCCAGUGUCUGUGCCAUAGCAAAGGGAAAUCUGCCUCAACUGCCACUUCCAUCAACGCUGCUGUUGUUGACCUUAAAGAUCAGCUGCAUACCGGCAAUGACACAAUCAAAUCCGUUCCUGGAAAAAGGUCACCCUCUAAACUGGGUGAGACAAUCCAAUUUUUCCCCAUCGGUGACCAAGAUAAAGCAGAUUUCCAGCCUGAGAGGAAACGUAUUCGCAUUGCUGAACCGAAGGGAGUUGUUUUUUCAGAAGAUAUGCUGAAGCUGGAAAAGCAUUCUUCAUGUCCUCAGAGUUCAUCUACGGACCCCAAAAGCCAUGGACCUCGAGUGUUCUCCCCUUACCUUUCCCCUGAAUCAUGCUUCCACUGCCUAUGUGCAUCAGCCAAGGAUAGUGCAAAGGAUAAAGGUGGCAAAAGGAAGGUCCCCAAAAUUUUUUUUGGCACACGCACACAUAAACAAAUAACUCAAGUUGUUCAUGAGAUGAAGCGUACGGCAUACUCCACUACUCCAAUGACCAUAUUAUCCAGCAGAGAUCAUACCUGUGUCAACCCAAAUGUGGCCCCUCACUCCAACCGGAAUGACCUCUGCAAGGACCUAAUGGAAGCCAAAGAUGGAAGAUCAUGUCCUUACUUCCAUGCAGUACAGAAAAUGGGCAACCAGAACACUCUGCAGUUGGUCCAUGGAAUUCACCAAGCUUGGGACAUUGAGGACCUGGUCACCUUAGGCAAACGGCUUCGUUCAUGUUCAUACUAUGCUGCUCGUGAACUCAUGCAAGGCUCCAGCAUCAUCUUCUGUCCGUAUAACUACCUGUUAGAUCCAGUGAUCAGAGAUUGUAUGGAGAUUGAUCUUGCAGGCCACAUCUUGGUUCUGGAUGAAGCCCAUAAUAUUGAGGACUGCGCUCGAGAAAGUGCCAGCUUCAUGUUAGACCACAAUAAUUUGCUGAUGUGCAGGGACGACUUUGACGGCAUGGUCAACAGCAACAUCCGGCGGUUGAAACAUGAGCCUCUAAGAGAUUUUUGCUGUAGUUUACUCAACUGGAUCCAGGAGAGCCAAAGCCUCAUGUCUGAUAGGGGAUAUGAAGAUGCAUGUAAAGUUUGGACUGGAAAGGAAAUACUGAGCAUUUUUCACAACCUUGGUAUCACUCCUGACACGUUCCGGAUGCUGAAGCAGAAUCUGGCUGCAGUGCUGGAAAAGGAAGAGACUGUGGGAUUUGUAAAUGGGAAAGAUGACAUGAUGCUGGUCCCAACCAUAAGCUCAUCAACAUCCAGCAUCCUCAAAGGACUCUUCAUGGUUCUUGACUUCAUCUUCAGAGACAACUGCAGAUAUGCUGAAGACUACAGAGUUGUACUUCAAAAGACAUAUUCUUGGACAACCAAAGCCAAGCCUUACAUGAGUGAUGCGCAGGGGUCCAUGGUCCAACGAGGCAGGCAACAUCAAAGAGUCAAAGUGAAGACUGAAUCUCUGUCACUGAGUUUCUGGUGCCUCAAUCCUGCUGUGGCGUUUUCUGAUUUAAGUGGGACAGUGCACAGCAUUGUUCUGACAUCAGGUACGCUAUCACCUAUGGGAUCCUUCUCCUCAGAACUUGGGGUGAAAUUCUCUGGUCAACUGGAGGCCAACCAUGUCAUCAACAAAUCACAGGUUUGGGUUGGCACUGUUGGUGUUGGACCUCAAGGCAGAAAGCUCUGUGCCACCUUUCAACAUGCUGAAACGUAUGCCUUCCAGGAUGAAGUUGGUGACCUGCUACUACAUGUUUGCAAAGUUAUGCCCAAGGGUGUGCUUUGCUUCCUGCCGUCCUACAAGAUGCUGGGUAAAAUGCAGGAUCGAUGGAGAAUCACAGGCAUUUGGGAGAAACUUGAAAAACAAAAAAAAGUGAUAACAGAGCCUCGUGGUGGUGGCAAAGGUGACUUUGAUGAACUUCUUCAGGCUUACUACAAUGCAAUUAAGUCCUCUGAGAAAAGCGAUGGUGCACUCCUGCUGGCUGUUUGUCGGGGAAAAGUGAGUGAAGGUCUGGACUUCACAGAUGACAAUGCAAGAGCAGUGGUCACGAUUGGAAUUCCAUUCCCAAAUAUUAAAAAUCUCCAGGUCGAACUCAAGAUGAAGUACAAUGAUCAGCACUCAAAGAGUAGAGGUCUUCUCCCUGGCCAUCACUGGUAUGAGAUGCAGGCUUACCGAGCUCUAAACCAGGCCCUGGGAAGGUGUAUUCGUCACAGAGAAGACUGGGGUGCCCUAAUCUUAGUGGAUGACCGUUUCAGGAAUAAUCCAAAUAAGUAUAUCAAAGGUCUGUCCAAGUGGGUACGCCAACUAGUCCAGCAUCAUGACACCUUCACCAGUGCCAUGGAGUCCCUUGCUGCAUUCUCUCAGGCACAAAAGAAGUGUUGCCUUCUGACAGACAGCCAGAACUCAAUCAUCUCUUUCCCAAGCAGCGCAUCUGGAACCAAGGCAUUCACAGGUUUACCCAAACCAGUGGAUUUCCAUUUUUCAUCUCAAACACAAAUGAAUACUAAACGACAUGAAUUACAGGAAUGGCAGAGGAUGACACACAUACCACCUUCAGCGCCACUUUUACACACUCCAGCUGACAGUCCCAACCUCAUUUUAAGCUCAGAGAAACAACAAAUUAUUUCUUUCCAAAAGAAGACAGAUAAUUAUGUAAUGGAAUCAUCAGCUGCAGUUGGAUCGACAUCACCCCAGUCAAAAACGGAUCAUGAAUUGACUCCAACAGACAAUCAAGAUGAAAACAAAGAUGGCAAGACGGCCCUUUUAACCCUUGGAAUUUUUAAAGUGGAAGCUGAGGAAGCCAAUGCCUGUGUUGAGAUCGAUUCACCAUCCCGGAUAAGUUUUGAAGCAGAGCAGCAAGACCACUUACAGGAUCUUUUGGGAUCUGAGGUCACCCAAGAUUCUCCCUUUGACUAAGAGAGCAUGAUUUCAGUUGACACAGAAAACAUAGAGUCACCCGACAGAGGAGAGACAAAAGUUGCAGGAGAGCAUGUGAGAAACAUGAUCAGGCUGUCAAGAUCCAGACAGAGAGCUCACCUUUCGCCUAAGAAGAACAAAUAGCCUCAACAAAUAAGAUCAACAAAUAAGUACUGAUGCAAAUGCAUCUUGAAAUGUCUUUUUUUUCUUUUUGGGUAUUAUUCUUGAUACAAUGUUUUAAUACACAAUAAAGUAAACAUUUAACAUUCA